AAGAAAAAUCGGACACAAAGACGGUCCUCCGAGAGCAGAAGGGCGCCAUUUUUGCCGACCAAGGUACAAAAUUCUGCAACUAUGGCGAGUCUAGCUAUGGCUCCCCAAUUGUUCUCAAUCUCUAAAAGAAACAAAGCAGAGCGUAAAACUUCACAUUCUACUCACGUUAGGAUCAGAUCGAUGCAGAGACCUUUGGAGGAGAUAUAUAGCAUAAGGGUAGAAAGAAACGUGUCUAAAGAGCGAUUAGCCGAACUCGAGGUCUCUAAAUGGUCAACAUGGAAAACGGGCAAGUGCAAUGUUCCAUGGGAUUGGCAUGUUGACCAACUGGUUUUCAUCGAAGAAGGAGAGGUAAGGGUCGUGCCUGAAGGCAGCGAACGACACAUGAGUUUCGUGGCCGGUGAUUUGGUACGGUAUCCGAAAUGGUUCGAGGCCGACCUCUGGUUCAACGGCUAUUAUCAAGAGCGAUAUAGCUUUCGUGCAUACGGUGAUGAUUAGGGUUUCUUGAAGUAGUGUUGAGUUGUUUGUUAUGGCAUUUAGGGUAUGGCUGUGGCCAGUUAUUUUCAUUCAGUUCUUGGUAUGAAUUGAAUCAGACAGUUUGUAGAAGAAAUUAUUGUAUCUAUUCAGAAACUGUAACUUGUGUCUGUAUGAGAUAUUGCUUGGAUGUUUUUUCUUUUAAAUUGAUGCAAGUUGUUUAAAA